CCAGAAAAAAGCAAUAAAAAAAGAAAGAAAGAAAGAAACUGAACCUUACCCAUUUGGGCGUGUGAACAUAUGGGCGUGUGCGCAUCUUCUCAUUCUCCGACGACCAAAAAAACAACAACAACAACAACAAGAGCUAGUAGCAAGAAGGGCGACGGUGUACGUGCUUUGGAAUCUUUUCGAAGACCAUCGGCGAUCAUGGUGAUAGACGUGGACGGUGGAAUUAAGGAGUACAAGAAACCUAUCCAAGCUAGGCUCGUGGUUUCGGAGAACCCCACUUGCUUCCUCUGCAAUUCAGAGUCAAUGUACAUCGGCACGUGCAUGCCACGCGUUCCCGAUGAGGAGGAGCUUUUACCUGGUCGAAUCUACUUCCUCGUACCUCUCUCUCAUUCCGAUAACCCCUUAUCUCUGCCUCUCCUCUGUGAUCUCGCCGUUAAAGCUAGCUCUGCACUGGCCAGACCUAACGGUACCACUAACAGAGCCUCUGUUCAGCGCCGUCAAAUGGAGAUGUUCAAUCAUUCUUUGUUUUCACUGGCGGUUCUAGCCAUCUUCCUUGUCUUAGCCCACGAGACAAGGCCAGCCACCGCGCAGGAGCCAGCGCCGCCGUCGCCGCUUCCAGCUGCAGCGAGGGAGUUCUUGGAAGCACACAACCAGGCAAGAGCCGCAGUGGGCGUUGAACCACUCAACUGGAGCGAGAAGCUGGCCAACGCCACGAGUCUGCUUGUGCGGUACCAAAGGAACAAAAUGGGGUGCCAAUUCGCAAACUUAACCACCAGCAAGUACGGCGGUAACCAGCUGAUGGCAAGCACGGUGGCCGUGACACCGCGCGUGGCGGUGGAAGAGUGGGUGAAGGAGAAAGAUUUCUACAUCCACGGCAACAACUCGUGCGUGUCGAACCACGAGUGCGGCGUUUACACGCAGGUGGUGUGGAGGAAGUCAACAGAGCUUGGGUGCGGUCAAGCCACGUGUGUGAAGGAGAAGGCUAGCUUGAUCAUUUGUUUCUAUGACCCACCUGGUAACGUCAUAGGAGAGAGCCCAUACUGAUGAAUAUGAUGUGAUGAUGCAUCAAACUAUAAAAUCCUUACUCAUCCUUUCAUCAUCUUUCUAUGUAUUGUGCAAGUAAUGCUAUUUUAGUGUAAUGUGAGAGAGAUCUCUAUAUAUGUCAAAUUGUCGAUGUCAUGGCAUGACUUGUGAAGUAGCUCACAUAAGCAGAAUCACAAGAAUAAAAAAAAGAAGGGAUCUCUAUAUCAAUU